ACUCUUAUCAUCCCCACUAGUAUAACCGGAUCCAGGGCAUAUAUAUACAUAUAUAUACAGACCCAACUCUCAUAUACAGCCUCGAACAUAAUUUUUUUUGUUUAAGCUUUCAUUUACAACCGAGAAUGGCGGACGGUGAAGUGAAUAAUGUGACGGCGGAGGCGGCGAUGAGGCAGUCGAAGAAGAGGACGUUCAAGAAGUUCAGCUACAAAGGUGUGGAUCUCGACAACCUUCUCGACAUGCCCACUGAUCAACUCGUUACCCUCUUCCCUGCCCGCCCUCGCAGAAGGUUUAAGAGAGGCUUGACGAGGAAGCAACUCGCUUUGAUUAAGAAGCUCCGGAAAGCGAAACUUGAGGCUCAACCAGGCGAGAAGCCGGCUCCGGUGAAGACUCACAUUAGGAACUUGAUAAUUGUACCGGAGAUGAUCGGAAGUGUGGUCGGAGUCUACAAUGGAAAAACAUUCAACCAGAUUGAGGUGAAGCCGGAGAUGAUUGGGCACUAUUUGGCUGAGUUCUCGAUUACGUACAAGCCUGUAAGCCAUGGCCGCCCUGGCUUUGGUGCUACUCACUCUUCAAGGUUCAUCCCACUUAAGUAAAUCACCCACUUCAAAUCCCAUGCAUCAUCCAAGUGUGGGUCCCUUUCUAGUUACGUGGCAUUUUAUUUUAGUUAGUAUAAUAAUAUGCAUGCAUGCAUAUGUUAAGAAAUUUAUCUAGCAGCUUGGUUGAAUUUGUCUAGAGAGGGUUCUAUUUAUUGUAGAUUUUAAAUGUAUGUAUUUUUCAAGACUUCAUCACGCUAUUGAGCUAGAUGGAAUUUGUUUCAUUGGUUUGCGUUAA